GAAAGCAAUGAAAAGGAAAACAAUAACAAAUGAUCAGCACCAAUUUAUAUAUUUCAAAUUAUUUUGAUGCAUUGAAAUUUACCAAUUUAUUCAAGACCAUCUCAUAUCCUUUAUUUUUGUAGCAUUACUGCGCAAAACAUCAUAUAUCCUUGGUUGUAAUCUAAAUCUUACUCAUUGAGUCUGUGGUUAUCUGAGUAGUGACCGCUUAAGGAAAAAUGAUAAGCGAGGAAGUGCAACCACAGAAGAAUACUGAAGUUAUUGUCUAAAUUGUACGCGAUUGCUGAAGUGUUUUCAAGUAUUUUCGUUGUUUCUUUUACAAGUAGCUCAUAUUUUGAUUUAAAUAGAUCUUUGUGUUAAUUUCCAUUCCAUUUUGACGUAUUCAAGCCAAAGACCGGUGCAACCAGAGAGAUUUUCAAGUGACACAAUGCUGUUCUGUUGGAUAAUUUUUGCUUGUUUAAUAUCGGCUACAAUAUGUGAAGAUGUGACUCCAUGUUCUUCACGAGCUACAUGUGGAGCAUGUUUGGCUUCUCACAAUUGUGCUUGGUGUUCAGCUAAAGUCUAUAAAAGAGGUGCUCCUAGAUGUGAUAAAAUUGGUAACUUAAAUGAAAGAGGAUGUCCAAAGGAAAAUAUUGUAACUCCUGCCACUACCUCAGAAAUUUUGGAGAAUGAACCUUUAAGUGAUGCUGGUGCUGUAGCUGGUUCUGCCAUUCAAUUGAAACCACAAAAAUUGAAGCUUUCUUUGAGAGCAGGAGAUCCAGCUAAAUUUAAAGUUACUUUUAGACAAGCUGAAGAUUACCCAGUAGACCUUUAUUAUCUUAUGGAUCUUACUUUCACUAUGAAGAAACAUAAAGAAACGCUGGCUGAAUUAGCAGAUACUAUAGCUGAAAGUAUGAAUAAUGUUACAAAAAAUUUCCGACUUGGUUUUGGAUCCUUUAUUGAUAAAGUUGUAAUGCCUUAUGUUGAUAUGGUUCCUGAUAGAUUACGUAACCCUUGUCGAGAUGUGUAUUGCAAUUCUCCAUAUGGUUUUAGAAAUCAUCUGUCUUUGAAUGAUGAUGUUACACUAUUUACCAAAGAAGUUUCUAGGGCAAAUUUAUCUGGUAACUUAGACAAUGCUGAAGGAGGAUUUGAUGCUAUAAUGCAAGUCAUUGUCUGCAAAGAAAAAAUUAAAUGGAAUGAUCGCUCAAGAAAAAUUAUUCUAUUUGCGACAGAUGGUAUUUUUCACUAUGCAGGAGAUGGAAAGUUAGGUGGAAUUGUAAAACCCAAUGAUGGCAGCUGUCAUUUAGAUGAUGAGGGUUAUUAUACUGAAAGUAUAUACCAGGAUUAUCCAUCUUUGAGCCAAAUAAAUAACAAGAUUAUUGAAAAUAAAAUUCUGAUCAUAUUUGCUGUCCCUGAUUCUGAGUUGCCUCUGUACCAGCGACUGACUACGCAUGUGGAAGGAACUUAUGCUGAGAGAUUAGAAAGUGAUGCUUCCAACAUUGUAGAUUUAAUUCAGCAGCAAUACAAUAAAAUCCAAUCUAAAGUGGAACUUAAGGACACUGCUCCAGAUUUUCUAAAGAUAUCUUAUUCAUCAAGUUGCUUAGGUGAAGAAGUUAAAGAUGUCAACUUUUGCGAAGGCUUAAAAGUGGGCACUACGGUGGAUUUUGAUGUAAAAGUUGAACUCUUGGACUGUCCUAAAAAUAUGAGCCUCUGGUCGCAUAAGAUACAAAUAUCACCUGUAGGUAUUAAUGAAGAUAUAUCUUUGGAUGUGGAUUUACUUUGUGAAUGUGAUUGUGAGAAACCUGAAUAUGAGGAACUCCUUAGUCCUGAAUGCAGCAAUGCUGGUACAUAUGCCUGUGGCAUUUGUAGUUGUGAAGCUAACUUUUUUGGUAGAAAAUGUGAAUGUCAAGGUGAUGAUGUCGUGAAAGAAGAUAAAUUGUCAUUGUGUAGAAAAGAUGAAAACAGUACACUUUGUUCUGGCCGAGGUGACUGUGUGUGUGGAAUUUGUGAUUGUUAUGCAGGACCGAGCAGUGAUUUGAAGAUCUAUGGUGAAUACUGUGAGUGUGAUACUUUCUCUUGUGAACGAGACUCCAGUGGGCUAGUAUGUGGUGGAGAGGAACGAGGAAGGUGUUGUGGUGAAUGUGUUUGUAAUCCAGGAUGGACAGGAUCUGCCUGCGAAUGUAGAGCUACUAAUGACACUUGCAUUGCUCCUGCAGAUAUUGAAACUGGAAGAUUUUGCAGUGGACGAGGAGAAUGUGUUUGUGGUGAAUGUCAGUGUUACAGAGAUGAUGAGAGGGGAUAUUUUGGUGGUCCAUAUUGUGGUGAUUGUAGUUUCCAAACAUGUGAGGGAAGGUGUACAGAAUUUCGGGAUUGUGUGCAAUGUAAAGCAUUUGAUGUAAGCCCCUUAAGUGAGGAGGAAUGCAAUAAUUGCACUAUAGUACCUGAACUGGUUGAUAAUGUGGAUGAUAUAUCACAAAAUGAAAGAAAAUGCAUUUUCAAAGAUGAAGAAGAUUGUUCUUUUACUUUUGUUUAUGGCUAUGAUGAUAAUAAUAAACCUGUCAUUAGAGUUCUUCAAACAAGAGAAUGUCCAAGCAAAGAACCAGUUUUAUGGAUAGCAUUAGGAGUUACAGCAGGAGUUUUCUUAAUUGGACUCAUUGCUUUAUUAAUUGGAAGAUUUGUCAUUUAUUUAAAAGAUAAAAGAGACUGUGAAAGAUUUUUAGAAGAAGUGAACAAAAAUACUCAAUGGGGCAAUGAAACAAAUCCUAUUUACAAAGAAGCCAUUUCAGAAUAUCCCAACCCUAUUUAUGAGCAAACUCAGUAAACUUAUAUUGAAGUUUGUUUUUUAAUUACCGUUUUUCUAGUCCUUGAAAAUGGAUGAAUAUUUUCAUAUGUCAUUAUGUAAUUAUUUAUUUUCUCUUUAUUUUUUGGUGGAUUGUUUCAAUACCCUUCAAGAGAUUUUACCACUCCUUUUAAUAUGUUCUCUUUUAUGUUUUGAUUCUAUUAUGUUGUAGAUGUUAUUUUGCAUUAUAUUAUGUUUUAAAAUAAUGAAAUAUAUUGUUAUCAAUAAUAAUUAAAAAAAAACCCAAUCAAUUUUUAGGUUUAGUUUUUUUUUUUUUUUUUCCCUUACAGAUUUUUUUGAAUUUUAAUAAAAAUAGAAUAAAAUUUACUUAUAUAUAUAUAGAUAUAGAUAUAUAGAUAAAGUUCUUCUGAUUGUUUUAUAUAAUUUGUGGAACUAAAUUUAUGUUUUUUCCUAACACAGGGUAAUUCAAUUAUAAACAUGUGCAUAUGAUAUUUUACAUUCAUUUAAACUGAUAUACAUUUUUUGUAAGCCAUCAUUUUUUAGUAUCUUUCUUUUUUAAUUAUUUAUAAAAGUGCAUAAUAUAGGAAAGUUUUAGUUCCUAGAAAUAUAAUAAAUUAGUUAACCUUUUGUAUACUUGAAUAUAUAAUAUUAUAGUUACCUAUUUGAAAAUGCUGGACAUUUUCUGCAUCAUAUCAGGCAUGAAAAAACUUCUGCUGAAAAACUUCCUGCAAUAUGUGUUGGUGAAAAUGUCUUAUUUAUAUUAUUCAAAUAUUAGCUAUAAUUUUCUGAAUCCAGGCUUAUUACUUGGUCUUGACCUUUGUGCUGAAAAACAAUUAAUAAUAGGAUCAAAAAUAGAGAGAAAUAUGAAUACGAGCUUUUGAUUUUAUAAAUAAUUCAAUUUUAUUGUUACUAUUCCAGUUAGUACAUAUUUAAAUUAAACUAAUUAAAAAUGAAGUUCUUUUUUAAAGAAUAACUAUCAAGUUGCCAAUCAAAAUAAAUACAUGUUGUGAGCAUAAUUUUCUUUCAGUAAAUGCUUGUACAUAUAUACUACUUCUACCAAAAAUAUAUAGUGAUAAUAUUUGGCAUUACAUGUUGGCAAUCAUAGUUUUGAUAUAUGCUAUUGUAGAAAGUAGUAUUACUGUGUAGUGGGAGAUUCUAUUUUAGUUUUAGUUUUGAUAGUAGCUUUUCUGUCUUGUUAAGUGUCUUUAUAAUAUCUAUUGCAUUAUAAAUAUUUUAAAUAUGUUAGUCUAGUAUGUAAUGCAUGUCAAGUUAAAGUUCUUUGAUUUAUUAUAUAUAUAUUUGUUUUUAUAUUUCACUUUUUUAAUUUAAUAUUUUAAAGUGUACACUUUUUUGAAUAUAUGUUAGUGUGUAUUAGCAUUAAUUUUUUCGUGUCAAUUUCCUAGUAAAAUUUUGCUGUGAAUUGUCCAGGUGUUUAAUAAUAUGUAUGCAUUUUUUGCAUUCCAUUGUUAUGUUAUAUUGUUUUGUUGUCAAGUAUUUUUAGCAUUUUAUUCAUGUUUUCACCAUUUUUUUGAGGAAGGUUUAUUUGUUUGCAUUUUUUUUCAAUGCCACAUUCUUUACUUAAAUUUGUCAGUAAUUUAAUUGUGAUUCUCAUUAUUUUGUUUUGGUCACAACUAAGCAGGUACUGAAAUUUGAUAUUAACUGGUAACUCAAAUACAUAUCAAGCUUUUGAUUGUACUGUUGUUCAGUAUAAUUAUUACAAGUUUUUACCGUGCUGUUAGAAAAUACUUCAAAUAUGGAUUAUUAUAGACUGCCCUCAAAAUUACCAGAUUUGUAAGUUUUAACAAUGCAAAUACCUUUUCAACUCUUUGUAAAAUUUGAAGCUUCAUAAUUAUGCCAAAGAACCUUUCAGAUUUAAAUAUCAUAUCAAAUAUCAUUUAUUCCUAUACUGUAUAAAUACUUUGCCAGUAGUAUAGCAAAAAUAAGUGGGGCCUAGGACAUAAUAUGAUUGUGUCACUCUAAUUGCCGUCAAUAUCUUAAUGAAUGUAAAUGAUGAGUAGGUUGUUUUUAUUUUUCUUAGUUCCUUUAUCAGAAUUGACCUCAAAAAGUGAUAGAAACUUACUAAAAUUGUGUCUAUAAUUGCAGCCUCCAAAACUGUCAUCUACGAUAUCCAUACCCACUUUGCCCCUUUAUUUUUUUGCUAUGCCACUGUGCAUCAUUUGUGGGCAUUAGAGUUUGAUAUAUUUUUUUUUAUUUCUGUUUGAGAGCUUUAUUAUACUUUUAACUAAUCAUAAACAUAUAUGAAAAAAGAACAUAAUUCUAAAUUGUACUUAUUAAUUCUUUUGUUGAAUUUUUGUUGAUAAAAUAUUGACCUGUUCUGUCUUUUUACAAGAAUUAUAAAACAUUUUGCAUUUUUAACUUUUAAGAAUCAGUGUUAUUCCAUAAAUUAAAUGCUGAUUCCCAGUUCAAUAUACUAUGCUGCUCUGUCAAUUAAUGAAAUAAUUUUUAUUAUAAAUGAAAUUUGUAAUGCUUAUAAAUUAUUUCAAAUCACAUAUUUAUAGAUUUCUUCUGAAUUCAGGCAGAUCUGUUGAGUUGAUUUUAUUUAAAGAAAUAAUUUCAUAAGAAAUAAAUUUGUUAAUUAAAAUAUAAUCGUUUUGUGCUUUUUAAAAAUGCAGUUUGAUAGAUCAAACUGCAUUUUUCUCAAUUCUCAAAAAAUUCUCAGAAGUUUUGAAAUACUUUGCAGAAAUUAAAAGUAAAAUCUUUUUUAAUGUUUUGCAUUUUAUUUAUUUUACUCUGUUUUUCUAGUUAAUUAUGAAAUAUAGCAUUUUUUUCAUACUUGAAAUUAGAAAUGGCAAUAAUAAUUCUUUGAUAGAUUGUCUAACAUAUAGUUUCUGUUAUUGGAUCUACUUGUUUAGUACAAACAUGUUUUCAUUUAAGAAUAUAAUGCGAGUAUUUGGCCAUUGCUGUCAGCUGUUUUUAUUUCUAUUGUUUUUAUUAUUAUUAUUAUUAUGUUUUUUAUUAUAAAAGUUAAAUACUCAGCUUUUUGAUUAUUAGUUUGUUUUAUCUUUGCAUGAAACUUUUGAUUCUGUAGCCUUUUUUUUUAUGUUAAUUGCAGCUGAUAUGUUCCUAAACUAAUAAUUUAUUAUACUGAUAACUUGAUUUGUGAUAAUUCUGUAAUGCCAUCCACAGUGUAAACCAUCCAGAAUCCUUUGUGUUCAUAGUUUUUACUGUUAAAUGUUUAUUAUAAAUGUUAAUUUGUUUUAUUGUAUUCCAGUAGAUUAUGUUUAAUUAGUGUUGUUUUGUUGCAUUUUGUGUAAGAAAUAUUUGAGGUAAGCAUAAAUGUAAUGCAAAAUGAAAGAAAUAAAUAUUUUAUUUGCUUUUAA